UCUAUCUCAUAACUAAACACCAACGAAAUCGCUCUUCUCUCUCUCUCUCUCUACACAUUACAAAAGCUAGAAUUCUUAUUGUGAGACCAUGUCAGGCGUUUGGGUUUUCAAAAACGGAGUGAUACGUCUUGUAGAAAACCCAAACCAGUCCGGUGGAGUGACGCAUGGCCGGAGGAAUGUGUUGGUUUACUUGCCGACCGGUGAAGUAGUCUCUUCUUACUCGUCACUGGAACAGAUCCUAAUGAGUCUCGGGUGGGAGAGAUACUUUAGUGGAGACUCUGAUCUCAUCCAGUACCACAAACGUUCCUCCAUCGACCUCAUCUCCUUACCAAGAGACUUCUCCAAGUUCAACUCCGUUUACAUGUACGACAUCGUCAUCAAGAACCCUAAUACCUUCCACGUCCGUGAGUUCCACUGAAAUCCACGUAUUAAUUCUCGACCAGUCGGUUUAGUUUGCGUUUGUUUUGUUCCAACCGAGAGGUUCCAGACAUACGAAUAUGAAGUAUAAUCAUGUCAAAUAACGUACGGGUCAAAAGAGAAGAUGUGUGAGCUUCCAGAAGCAAAGCGAUGGGUAUUGGAAUAUCAUCACUUAGUUUGUGUUUUUAUCUGUUAAUAUGUGCUAAAUUAUUGUGAAUGGAUUUACUUAUUUGUCCAAGUUUGUUGCAUAAUGCAUUUGUAUAUGGUUCUGUCUUCAUCUAGGCGAGGCUUUGUGUGGACGUUUAAGAGUAGUGUUGUUAAAAGGUGGCACAUUACUUGUAGCCGUCGUUGAUUAGUUUGCUUUGUAGCUUCGAAAUUGUGGUGCAAUCGAUGUAAGUUGUGUUACUAUAAUAUAUAUCCGAUUCUCAUC